AAAUAUUUUUAGUUUCUCCCUUGCCUCCAUUGCUCAUCAUGGCACGGCUAUCGGUUUCUCUAGUUUCUGCUUUAGCCUUCUUUUUUGUAGUCAAUGUUGUAUUGGCUGAGUACGAGCCAUAUACUUCCAAUUACAAAGAAACUUCAUACGAGAAACCAAUUGUGGAAGCUACUGUCAAUGUAUAUCAUCCUAAACGAACUUACGUCAUCCCAAAGGUCUACCCAUCACCAGCUUACAUCGUUCCCAAAGUUUAUACAUCGCCAGCUUACGUGGUUCCCAAAUAUGCUGCUCAUAAAGUCUACCCAUCACCGGCUUAUGUUGCUCCCAAAGCCUACCCAUCACCAGCUUACCAUGCUCCUAAAUAUGUCGCUCCCACAGUUUAUCAAUCACCAGCUUACGUCUCUCCCAAAUAUGUCUCUCCCAAAAUUUACCCAUCACCAGCUUACGUCGUUCCCAAAGUGUACCCGUCACCAGCUUAUGUUGCUCCCAAAGUGUACCCAUCUCCAGCUUACGUAGCUCCUAAAUAUGUAUACGCAUCAUCACCACCACCAGCUUACGUCGCUCCCAAAGUUUACCCAUCACCAGUUUACGUCGCUUCCAAAGUAUACCCAUCACCAGCUUACGUUGCUCCCAAAAUGUACCCUUCUACAACUUACGUAGCUCCUAAAUAUGUGUACACGUCACCACCACCACCACCAGUAGCUUACGUCGCUCCCAAAGUAUAUCCAUCACCAGCUUAUGUCGCUCCCAUAGUGUACCCAUCUCCAACUUACGUAGCUCCCAAAUAUGUGUAUUCAUCACCACCACCACCAGCAUAUGUAGCUCCUAAAUAUGUGUACCCAUCACCACCGCCACCGGCUUAUGUCGCUCCUAAGGUCUAUCCAUCACCAGCUUACGUCACUCCCAAAGUAUACCCAUCACCGGCUUAUGUAACCCCCAAAUAUGUGUACGCAUCACCACCACCACCAGCUUAUGUUUCCCCUAAAUACGUCGCUCCCAGAGUCUAUCCAUCACCAGCCUACGUCGCUCCCAAAGUUCACACAUCACCAGCUUAUGUCGCCCCCAAAUAUGUCGCUCCCAAAGUCUAUCCAUCACCAGCUUAUGUAGCCCCUAAAUACGUGUACUCAUCAACACCACCACCAGCUUAUGUUGCUCCCAAAUACGUCUCUUCCAAAUCCUACCCAUCACCAGCUUAUGUCGCUCCCAAAGUCUACCCAUCACCAGCUUACGUCGUUCCCAAAGUCUAUCCAUCACCUGCUUACGUCGCCCCCAAAUACGUUGCUCCCAAAGUCUACCCGUCACCAGCCUACGUCGUUCCCAAAGUCUACCCAUCACCUACAUACGUCGCUGCGAAAUACGUAUAUCCAUCACCACCAUUACCGGCUUACGUCGCUCCCAAAUAUGCCUAUCCAUCUCCACCACCACCAGCAACCUACUACUAAAAACCUCUCCGACCACUAAAGUACACCCCACCACCGUAAUAUUUUACCAAAGACUUCCAUUAUCACCUCAUUUGUGUUCCCAGUUAAUUACAACAGUGACAUGUUCUAACCAGCUCCUUCACAUGCAUCUAUCUUUUUCUUCAUUCACCGGAUUUAUUUAAGUUUUAUGGCAUUUCACAUGUUUUAAGGGAGUCAUACUUUUGUUUAUUUUGACAAUCAACAUCUUAAAGUAAAGGUUGAUUGGUUGCAUAUAAACACAUAAUGGGUUGAUUCCUUUUGAUUUACUUUUAUUUUUAUUUUCUAAAAGAUUCAGUAUGUAUGUGUGUGACUGGGUUUUGGGUUCUCUCUGGCGUAAUAUAAUCUUUUAUUGGU